AGGAAUGGCAUUUAUUAGCAAUACCCAAAGAUGGAAGUUUUUUAUUCCCUUCUUACCGCAGCAAGAAAUUCUUCCUUUUCCAUUUCCCGAAAGCGAACGAGCCAUGUGGUUUCCAACUUUAUCGUCACAACGGAUCAAAUCCCGGGUGUAUGCAGAUGCCUUCAACCGAGCUCAACAGCUUCCGCUUCGUCGGAGGAGGAAGAGGAAUAUUCCAGGAUCGUCCCCAACAGCGGGCGUUGACUCUGCAAGUCAGAAACAAAAGGAGAGGUGGGAGAUGGGAGGCGGAAGGUUCCUUCAAGGUCGAUCCAUGGAUGAAGAAGGCCAACGCAAGUAAUCACUUUUCGAAUUUGGGUUUCAGUUGAAACAUUCUUAAUUCAUGUAAAUAAAAUAAUGGAAAGAACAGAGGAAAGCCAACAAGGAAAAUGUGGAUAGUUCAGGGAAGGCGGGGGGUUUCGUCUGCCACUAGAAAAAACUGCGGUGUCGUGGGAGGGAAGUUCGAUCCUUGGUGGAUGACAUGAGAUCCUGUUUGGAUGGCUACCUCUUCGAGAUUUACCUUCGCUUUCUCUUCAAAUUUCCCAAUUUCGGCGACCAGGAACCGGUGGGGUGCCCAGGGAUCAUAUUAAAUUACUAGGGGUACGGACUUUGAAAUUCCCUGGAAAUCGCGGUUUAUUUCCCCGGUAAAAAGGAAAAGGCAGAAUUUGGACUCCGGGGAUCCUUCCUAGGUUCAGAAUUUCGGCCGGGCAGAAUCACGUUUCUUGAUCUAAAUUUUAGGCAGAAUUUGGCACAUUUAAAAGCUCGAUGUGCAGUGCAGUUUGUGGACCUGUGGUGCUUGUAACUUCCGGUGGGAUCAUUUGCCGUGCGGUAGAAGAAACAAGAACAGGCCGCGUCCUUGCUUCGCUUGCUCGAGCGCGGGAACGGAACGACGCUGCAGAAUCGAUGAGUUAGAAGAUUAGGAUCUUCUGAAACGGCGGGAAAACCCGGAAGAGCGGGAGGCUGUUGAUCUUCUGAGCGGGAAAGAAACGGAAGCGAGAUUUUGCUGCGCUGCGGUUUGAGGGUGCGCUGUGGGUCAUUUGGAUGCCAGAAUCCGGUGGAUUCCACGACCUGAUUGCGACGGAGGAGAUCGCGGCGGGUCAGAGCAGGGAAGGAAGGGAUGGGGCGGAGAGCCGAGCUGGUUCGCCGUCGCCAUCGUCGAGAAAAGUGUAUGUGGCGGUGGGGAGGAACAUGAAGGAAGAGAGGAACAAACUUCUAUGGAGCCUUGAGGCCUACCAAGGAGCGAAGGUGGUGAUCCUUCACGUUCAUCAGCCCGACCAAAUGGUCCCUGGCCCUUUUGGGGGGAAGAUGCACGCUAGCAAGUUGAAGGCGUCCGAGUUAAAGGCAUUCAGAGAGCUGGAGCGACAGGAGAUGACGCAAGCAAUUGAUGGCUACUUAUUGCUUUGUGCCUCCAAAAAGGUAGAAGCAGAACGUCUCGUUAUUGAAUCGGAGGACGUGGGGAAAGGAAUAGUGGAAUUAGUUGCUCAACAUGAGAUUGAGGAGCUUGUCAUGGGGGCUGCUGCUGACAAAAAUUUCUCCAAGAGGAUGAAGACGCCCACCUCAAAGAAGGCGAUCUACGUGAACCAGCACGCCCUCCCGUCGUGCCGGAUACGGUUCGUCUGCAAGGGCACCCACAUCCGAACCCGCGAACCUUACGCCUCGCUGUCGUCUCCCGCGGUGACGCCGAGCCCCACCCACCCCUCCUCCGGUUCCGAAGGCGGCCGCCGGAGCUCCUCAUUCAGCCGCUGGUUUGGCUCCCCGCAGUCGAACUACGCCAACUCGCCGUCGCCGGAGGAUGCGAUCGGAAGGACGGAGGAGGUGCCGAGGAGUCUUUCUCUUAAUUCCGUGGGGACGACUUGGUCUUCGUGCGAGGAUGGGCAGUGUUUGUCGUCGCGGGCGUCGUCCUCGACGCUGUCAAUGGAGAGGACCGGCGGCGAAGAUGGUCCGCCGAUGGAACCGGGUGUGGACGCUCCCAUAGCCGCUGAUCGUUCAUUCCCGCAGACAGAGACUUCUGAAGAACAGUUUCAGCAACAAUCCCUGGAAAUGGAAGGAAUGCUGGCCCGGUUGAAGAAAGCCAUGGAAGAAGCACAGGCUUCGAAGAAGGAAGCGUUUCAGGAGUCACAGUGGCGACAGCAAGCAGAGCAGGAGGCCCUCGAGGCCCUACGAAAAGCAAGGAUAGCGGAGGUUUUGUCCGCAAAAGAGCAGAGGUUGAGGAAAGAGGCAGAGGCAGCGCUGUCAAAAGAAAGACUUGAGCUGGAAAAGCUAGUGGAGCAACACAAGGAUGCCGUGGAAGAGAUACGUGAGAUGUCCGUCGAGAAAGCUUCGCUUGAGAGAAGCAUCACAGAAGUGGUGCGUGAGUUGGAAGAGAAGAAUCAAAAGUUGGACGACCUUCUGCACGCGUUGGAUGAGAUGGAGAGGGAAAAGCUGGAGAUGCAGCGGCAGAUGGAAGAUGCAAUGGCAAAGGUUGAAGAGCUCAACAUCCGGCAGGAGGAAUUUGGUGAAGCGUCUCGAAUGGCGCACAGUUUCACGGAAUUCUCUCUGGCAGAGCUGGUAGAUGCUACCAACGGGUUUGACCCAGGAUUGAAGAUAGGGGAUGGAGGAUUUGGCACAGUUUACAGAGGACGAAUACGCUAUACGACUGUUGCAAUCAAGAUGCUGAACUCUGAGAGCAUGCAGGGAGGGUCUGAAUUCCAUCAAGAGGUGAAUGUUCUCAGUAGAAUGAGACAUCCGCAUCUUGUCACCCUUAUUGGCGCAUGUACUGAGUCGUGUGCACUUGUCUAUGAAUACCUUCCGAAUGGCAGCCUGGAAGACAGACUAAGCUGUAAGGACGGCACCCCACCAUUGACAUGGCAAGCCCGGACUAGCAUUGCAGCAGAAAUCUGCUCUGCACUUCUCUUCCUCCAUUCUGCUGGUGUCGUUCACGGGGACCUCAAGCCUGGAAACAUCCUUCUAGAUUCCAAACUUUCUGCCAAAAUCGGUGACUUUGGGAUCUGCCGUCUCCUCCCAGAGCAGGACUCAACUGUCAGCCUUUGCGUCACCACCAAUCCCAAGGGCACAUUCGCCUAUAUGGACCCAGAGUUCCUUGCUACCGGCGAGCUUACACGGCUUUCCGAUGUCUACUCAUUUGGGGUUAUAAUUCUGCAGUUGCUCACAGGGAGGCCACCAUUGUGGAUAGCUAGGGAUGUCCAGAAGGCACACUUUGCUAGGAAUUUGCAGGCAAUCAUUGAUCCGACAGCCGGUGAUUGGCCAUUUGUUCAGGCAGUUCAGCUGGCCAACCUUGGGCUGGAAUGCUGCAACAUGAGCCGCAGAUGCCGGCCAGAUCUGGAAACAGAAGUUUGGAGGGUCUUGGAGCCAUUGAAGGGUUCACUAGCACCAUCAACACAUUCCAUGGUGACAGAUUCUCGACGGCCUCCAGAAUAUUUCAUCUGUCCCAUAUUCCAGGAAAUCAUGCGAGAUCCUCAAGUGGCAGCUGAUGGUUUCACAUAUGAAGCAGAGGCGUUACUGGGAUGGCUGGACAGUGGCCAUGACACUUCUCCAAUGACGAACUUGAAGCUUAGCCACCUCAACCUGACACCAAAUCGUGCUCUUCGCUCUGCAAUCCAAGAGUGGUGUAGUCACUCCUGAUCAGGUCAGUCUAGGAAGUUAGGAACCAGAGGACGCAUUCAACUCCACGAUUUCUGUAUGGUCAUUGAAGGAGAAAAGCCAUCCUUCUCUCUGUUACAAGGAAAUUAAGUUUGAUGAAUAUUCCAUGGGAAGUUGAUUAUGACUCUGGAAGAUUCAAUGUUGCAUGAAAUCGCUGCGGGUCUUGUUUGUGAGAUCCAUCAAUAAAUGCACUGGGAAUGCGGUUCAGUCACUACACCUGCUAGUGAUCCCUUGCCCAUUCUUGUCUCAAGUCCAGAUUGCUCGCAACGUGGUUGCACGAACUUCAUGCAAUUGCACUUCAAAAAUUACAGUUUGAAGACUUUUUCGAAAAUCUUACUGUAUGAAUUUAAUCUUCAUGGUCUGGAACUUUCAAUCUAAUCUCCUGGAUUAUUUUAUGCAGUAGUGGUGUACAUAAGAUUUACUGGAAUUGGAAUUUCAGUGGACUAAACAUGUUGAAAUUUUGAAAAACUCUGUUAUAAAAUUUUUAGAAACCUGAAUAAAGUGAUUCAAGAAUCUUUGUUUUCUAGGUUUUGGUCUAUGAUGUUGAAGUCCGUUUAACUAGCUUUUCCAGAAACGCUUGCAAAAUUGACCUCUGAAGGUGUAAUUUCAUAAAGUUUGUGCAAUAACGUGACACCUGAUCUAGCAUGAAUCCUCAAUUCCUCGUCCAUGGUCGCAGGUUGGAAACUGUUGUAACUUUCCAACAAAAGAACUGUAAGUAACUUGGUGCUGGUGGUCCACGGAGACAGAAAGUUGAAGUGCUGUCCACAUUAUGAUAACGGUGGCAGCUUUUCCCUGUAACUUGUAGCCCAUGAAAAAGGUCAGCCAGCAAAAGGAAACAGCUUGUCAUUGGCCUUCACAACCUGCAACAGAGGCAUGUUUCUCUUUGUUUUUUUAUUUAUAGUGGUUGUAUAGUGUCUAUUGUUCCUGCUAUGCGUAAGCAUCGACCUUACACUGCAAAUACUUGUAUAUUACCUUUGUAAACUGAAAAAUCCCCUUUCUUUUUCUGUGGUCCUGUGGGACAAACUCUGCAUAACAUUAGAAACUUCCAACCUUUUACAUUA